CACUCUGUCUCGCCCUGCCCCGGCGGGCGUCGGGAUCCUCCGCGGGUAGGCGCGGUCAGCUGGAGCGUCGCGGCGGUCGACCAGUCGCGGAGGGCGUGUCCUGCGGUGCGAUGGCCGUAGUGUUGCCGGCAGUCGUGGAGGAGCUCCUGAGCGAGAUGGCCGCGGCGGUGCAGGAGAGCGCGCGAAUUCCUGAUGAAUAUCUGUUAUCGCUGAAGUUUCUCUUUGGCUCAUCAGCCACCCAGGCCUUGGACCUAGUUGAUCGACAGUCCAUCACCUUAAUCUCAUCACCCAGUGGAAGACAUGUUUACCAGGUGCUUGGAAGUUCUGGUAAAACAUACACGUGUCUGGCUUCUUGUCAUUACUGUUCAUGUCCUGCAUUUGCCUUCUCAGUGCUACGGAAGAGUGACAGCAUCCUGUGCAAACAUCUCUUGGCAGUUUACCUUAGUCAGGUUAUGAGGACUUGUCAGCAGCUAAGUGUCUCCGACAAGCAGUUGACUGACAUAUUAUUAAUGGAGAAGAAACAAGAAGCAUAAAAGGACUGCAGGAGGUGCUGUGGGUUGGAGCCGUGGGCUGUGGAGGGUUUGCGUAUGAUUAGAAGCCUUGUACAGUCUUCUCAAGAAAAACCCUAAGCCAGUCUCUGAGGUGCUUGGGUAAAAAAUGUCCCUGGAUGGAAUCAAGAUUUUAAAUUCAAAUAAAGCCUAAUAUCAUGUUGUGUCCACA